AUGAAUGCGUUAGUGCUAACAGACGCCGGACAUCGCCUUCUCGCACGAUUCCGAAGGACGCGGAACACUAGGGAUCUCGACCAAUCCAUAAUGCACCUUGAACGUGCGUCUGAUCUGUGCCCCAUGCAUCAUCCCUGCCGCCCUGCAGCACUAUUCAAUCUAGCUUCCGCGAAGUUUGUUAAAUGCCAAGUAAAUGGAACAUAUCUCGACCUCGACAUCCCCAUCUCUCUUUUUCAAGACGCCCUUGCUUUGGUUCCUACUGGUCAUCCUGACCGACCCACGACCCAGCUCCAUCUUGCCAUUUCUCUGCUGUCUCGCUUUCAAAUAGAUGCUGAUAGAGAUGAUCCCCACGACUUAGAUGCAGUGAUCUCCCUUCAUUACGAUGCCCUGCAAUGCUACGACACUGUGCAUGCUUACCGAGGGCAAUUGCUAUGCAAUCUAGGUGCAAUGCUGGUCACCCGCUUCCAGCGCCGAGGCAAUGACCAAGACUUGGAUGACGCUGUCAUACUUCUCAGGGACGUGCUGGCUUUACAUCCAGUCGGUCACCCAGAUCGGUCCAUGUCAUUAAAUAACCUUGCGGCUGUGCUCUUCACCCGCUUCGAGCACCGAGGCAAUGCCCAAGACUUGGAUGACGCUGUCAUGCUUCACAGGGACGCGCUGGCUUUACAUCCAGUCGGUCACCCAGAUCGGUCCAUGUCAUUACAUAACCUUGCGAAUGUGCUCUCCACCCGCUUCCAGCACCGAGGCAAUGCCCAAGACUUGGAUGACGCUGUCAUGCUUCACAGGGACGCGCUGGCUUUACGUCUAGUCAGUCACCCAGAUCGGUCCACGUCAUUGAAUGACCUUGCGAUUGUGCUCUCCACCCGCUUCGAGCACCGAGGCAAUGCCCAAGACUUGGAUGACGCUGUCAUGCUUCACAAGGAUGUGCUGGCUUUACGUCCAGUCGGUCACCUAGAUCGGUUCAUGUCAUUAAAUAACCUUGCGAAUGUGCUCUCCACCCGCUUCAGGCACCGAGGCAAUGACCAAGACUUGGAUGACGCCGUCAUGCUUCACAGGGACGCGCUAGCUUUACGUCCAGUCGGUCACCCAGAUCGGUUCAUGUCAUUAAAUAACCUUGCGGAUGUGCUCUCCACCCGCUUCAGGCACCGAGGCAAUGACCAAGACUUGGAUGACGCUGUCAUGCUUCACAGGGACGCGCUAGCUUUACGUCCAGUCGGUCACCCAGGUUGGUCCAUGUCAUUAAAUAACCUUGCGACUGUGCUCUCCACCCGCUUCGAGCACCGAGGCAAUGACCAAGACUUGGAUGACGCUGUCAUGCUUCACAGGGACGCGCUGGCUUUACGUCCAGUCGGUCACCCAGAUCGGUCCAUGUCAUUAAAUAACCUUGCGAAUGUGCUCUCCACCCGCUUCCAUCACCGAGGCAAUGAUCAAGACUUGGAUGACGCUGUCAUGCUUCACAGGGACGCGCUGGCUUUACAUCCAGUCGGUCACCCAGAUCGGUCCUCGUCAUUAAAUAAUCUUGCGAAUGUGCUCUCCACCCGUCUCGGGCACCGAGGCAAUGACCAAGACUUGGAUGACGCUGUCAAGCUUCACAGGGAAGCGCUGGCUUUACAUCCAGUUGGUCACCCAGAUCGAUCCUCGUCAUUAAAUAAUCUUGCACAUGUGCUCUACACCCGCUUCCAGCACCGAGGCAAUGACCAAGACUUGGACGACGCUGUCAUGCUUCACAGGGACGCGCUGGCUUUACGUCCCGUCGGUCACCCAGCUCGGCCUGACACAUUAAAUAACCUUGGGGGUAUGCUCUGUACCCGCUUCAAGCGCCGACGCGAUCGAGAAGACCUCCACGAGUCACAAGAGAAUCUCCGCUGUGCAUUGACUCUCUUGACGCAACAUGAUCCUCGUCUAUUAACCGUCCAUGGAUCGCUAGCUAUCGUCUAUAUGAUGUUCCAUCAAUCGGGACUUAACGGCACUGGUGAACACAUUGACAGUUCCGCUGCUGCCAUGCAUCAUCUCCAGGCAGCAGCAAAUGUUGUCUCUGGAGGUUUGCUACCUCGCCUGCGAGCAAGUCUACGCUGGGUUAACAAGGCCCACGAACAUUCACAUGCUACCGAACUGGAGGCUUAUGCGACUUCCAUGCAGCUCCUCGACACUUAUAUGUCCGCGACAGCUUCAGUAUCAUCUCGUCACGAUGUCAUGAAGGACUUUCCGAGUACGCUUGCCGUGGAUGCUGCAUCAUGUGCGCUUCGUAGCGGUAAUAUGUGUCGCGCUGUCGAGUUGUUGGAACAAGGUAGGACUAUCAUUUGGACCCAGAUGACACGACUACGCACGCCUCUUGACGGCCUCCAAGAUCUCGGUGAUCAUGCAGUGUCCCUGAUGAAGAAAUUCAGACACUUCAGCUCCCUCCUUAAUGCACCUCCUACGAAUCAUCCAGAAGGGACCCCAAGAGUCAAUGUAGAAGCCGAAGCAAGCCGGUACCGACGUUUAGUAGAGGACUGGAAUAGAGUUGUAGAAGAGAUUCGUGAUAUCGAGGGCUUCUCUCGCUUUCUACUUCCCCCGUUGUUCUCCGAUCUCCAAGAUGCAGCUCGUGAUGGGCCUAUUGUCGUGCUCGUUGCAAGCGAGUCGUCUUGCGAUGCCAUUAUUAUCCCGCACAAGCAACCUCCGAUCAGCAUCGAACUCCGUAUCAGUUUGGAGAAACUACAACAUUUGGUGGUCAAACUCCAACGGGCAAGUCAACCACAGGCCACUCCCAAACCCCUCAUGAAAGCUUUGACGGAGUUAUGGGACGACGUCGUCCGCCCAGUGGUCGACAAUUUGGGCGGAUUUGCACCACCACGUUCCCGGAUAUGGUGGUGCCCUACGGGUGCCUUCAAUUUCUUGCCGUUGCACGCUGCUGGCGCGUAUAGGCGAGGCGGACAGUUGCUUUCGAAGCUCUAUAUCUCUUCAUACACGCCAUCGCUUACCGCCCUGAUCAGGGCUCGCAGAAGUCAUGAUAGAUCCCUGCCAAUACCCUUUGUUGCCAUCGGUCAGAACCACCCAGCCGGUCAUUCAUUCACUUUGGAUUUUGUGGAGCCUGAGCUGGAUUUGGUGCAGAAGCUUUUACCCCGUCCCCCAACUGUUUCCUUUACCAAGAUAACGAGCGUUGAUGCAACGAAAUCGAGAGCACUGCAUGCAUUGCGAGACAAUACUUGGCUCCAUUUUUCGUGUCACGGGACGCAGAACCUUGAUGAACCAUUCAAGUCGGCCUUUCUCAUGCGCGACCAACCGCUUUCACUCCUCGAUAUCUCACAAAUGGAUCUGUCUCGGCAUGAAUUUGCCUUUCUUUCUGCCUGUGAAACCGCAGUCGGUGAUGUCAAUACGCCUGACGAAGUCAUACACCUGGCCGCUAGCCUUCAAUUUGCUGGUGUGCAGAGUGUGAUUGGGACAUUAUGGAGUGUCAACGACAGUACGGUGCAGCGCUUGGUCGAGGCAUUCUACAAGAACUUAUGCGGGGAUGGCAUAAUGGAUUCCAAGCGGGCUGCCCAAGCGCUGCACCAAGCGGUCCAGUCGUUGGCCGGUGACGAGAAUAUGCCCUUGGACCAGCGCAUAGUGUUCAUGCAUAUUGGCAUAUGA